UUAGGAACAGCUAUUAUCAUGAUAUCGGUAUAAUAGUUCCUAUUAUUGAAAUGAGACAUUAAAUUCCGUUUUCUUUUCAUUAGUAAUUCUAUUCAUUCGUCGCACAUUAACCUUACUGAACACAUGAAAAUAAAAAUGUUCUCUCGACAUAAUAAAAUAAUGGAUAAACGUAUAAAGAUCUUACCAGAAGUUUUGAUGAACAAUAGACUGGAGAAAGACAUACAGAAGAUGAUGUUUCCAGUGCAUCUGAUGUUCUCAAUAUUUCUAGCUUCAAAGUACACCAUCAAAGAUGAUUACGUCACUCCAAAAGGAAGAGUCUACCGCAUAUUUACAUUCGUCUUCGUAGCCGUUUUGUUUGGAAUGACUUUGAAUCGGUUGUUCUUUGAAGGGAUAGAAGAUACUCUCGGCUUAUACAACUUCGAUCUCGUCUCACUGUUCUAUAUAUACUUCUGUUUCUUUUACCUGACUCUUCUCGCCAUUCUCUUCUAUCUAAAUAUGAUUCACAGUGAAGCGAACAUUUCCCUCAUUUUGUUAAUUCAAAAAAUUUAUUUGGGUUUAGAUUUUAGUGAUAAUCUUAAAAUUAUCACUAGACGUAACUGGAUCGGAAUCGUUGGAACCUUUCUUUUGAAUAUUUUCCUUCAGUAUUUGUUCUACACGACAUUCGAUGAAUUCCAUUUAAUUGACACCAUUCUGGACUUCAUGUUUACCAUCUUUGAUUUGAACUUGGUCUAUUCCUUACUCGUCCUAUUAUUGUUGAGAAGAUAUCUCGAGAAAUGGAUCAAACUUGUGAUCGGUGAUUUUGAUGAUAAAACUUCAGUGAAACUUUUUAUUAUUUAUCGAAAUAUUAUUGAAGCUUACAAUCAUUAUAAAACUACGUUUAAGUUACUGGUAAGGUUAAUUUUCGAUAAUUUUUCCUAAUACAACAACAUCAAUAAUUAAAUUGUCUUUUCCAUCCACAGAUUAUGUUUCACACAGUCGAUACGUUUACCCGAUGUUUAUUCUACUUCACGAUGGCCUUGCAAAAGCUGAGAAUGUUGGAUAAUGUGGAGGAUGACAAAAGAGACCUGCAACAAUCAGUGACUGUAGUACUGGCAGUUGUGUGGUUAUCGAAGAACAUCUUCGUGCUGGUGAUGCAUAGCGUUCUGGGUGAGAAGUUUUACAUCACUAUCGAAGAAGCGGAGACCGCCUGCAUACAACGACUGAAGAAUAGAAAUUAUUUCGAAUAUGAAGGAGUUCUAUGUAAGGAAGUGGUGCAGUUGAACCGAGUAUCGUUUAGUAAGUUGGACGCGUUUGGCUUGUUCCAUAUCGAUGGUACACUACCACUGCACUUCGCUGGAAUCGUUACCAACUACAUCGUACUCAUACUGCAGACAAUGUUCCUAUAAUUUUGCCUUUUUCUCAGCUUUUUUG